AUGGCUAAGUCUCACUGUUUGGUUCCUUUGGCCUUUUUCGUGGCUUUCUUCGUACAAGCAAUGUCAGCUGGCACUGACAGUAAUUGGUAUGAUGCUCAUGCAACCUUCUAUGGUGACAUGAAGGGUGGAGAUACAAUGCAGGGUGCUUGUGGUUAUGGUAAUCUCUUCAAGCAAGGCUAUGGACUUGAGACUGCAGCACUAAGCACAGCUCUAUUCAACAAUGGACUCACAUGUGGUGCAUGUUUUGAGAUAAAGUGUGUCAAUGAUCCCCAAUGGUGCAAAAAGAAUGCAGGCUCAAUAAGAAUUACCGCAACAAAUUUUUGUCCUCCCAAUUACUCCAAACCUGAUGGCAAUUGGUGCAACCCUCCACUAAAACACUUUGACUUGUCCAUGAAAAUGUUCACCACCAUUGCUUUUUACAAAGCAGGGAUCAUCCCUGUUCAAUAUCGUCGUGUUCAAUGCACCAAAAAUGGUGGUGUCAAGUUUGAAAUCAGAGGGAACCCUUAUUGGUUGCUUGUUUUGGUGUACAAUGUUGGCAAUGCUGGUGAUGUUUCUAGUGUGAGCAUCAAAGGGUCUAAGUCUAACACUGGAUGGCUUCCUAUGUCACACAAUUGGGGACAACAUUGGGUUACCGGGACUAAUAUUGUAGGACAAGCCUUGUCAUUUAAGGUGACCACAAGUGAUGGUAAAAUGUUGGAGUUUGAUGAUGUUGCCCCUACCAAUUGGCAAUUCGGACAAACCUACGAAGCCAAUAACAAUUUUCAGAUGUGUUGA